AUGUCAGGCGUCAAACUUCACAUCCUUAUAUUUGGUCUUGCGGUAGCGGUCUUCCUUACGGCGUUAGACAUGUCAGUCAUAACCACAGCGAAUCCAAAGAUCACGGAGAAGUUCCAUUCUACUGAGGAUAUAGGAUGGUACACUAGUGCCUAUAUGCUCACAUUGUGCUCCCUACAGCCCCUUUCUGGGAAGCUUUAUGCGAACUUCUCUCUAAAGUGGGCCUUCUUGACUUUUUUCUUCAUCUUCGAAUUUGGUACCCUCCUAUCCGCGGCGGCCACCUCCUCCAACAUGCUCAUCAUCGGUCGGGCAAUAGCUGGGUCGGGAUCAGCUGGACUCAUGUCUGGGACCCUCUCUAUCCUCGCGGUCAUUGUGACUCUUCGUCUUCGCCCAAUGUACACCGGCGUUCUCUACUCCCUCUUUGGUGUCGCAACAAUUGCAGGUCCACUCGUUGGCGGAGGGUUCACGGAACACGUGUCAUGGAGAUGGGUUUUCUACAUUAAUCUUCCCGUUGGCGCCGUGACAAUAUUUGCGCUUGUUUUCGUGUUCAACCCUCCGGUAAGAGCUGUCGAGGAAGCCGGAAUUAGCGAGAGAAUCAAAAGACUCGACAUCAUCGGCGCUAUACUCUUCAUACCAGGAAUCGUCAUGAUCCUCAUCGCUCUUCAAUGGGGAGGUGUCUCAUAUCCAUGGAGCUCCGCCAGGAUUAUCGGUCUCUUUGUUGGUGCCGGCGUCAUUCUCGUGAUCUUCGCAGUGUGGGAAUGGCGACGCGGGGACGAAGCAAUGCUUCCGCCUUCGAUUCUUCUCCAGCGAACAGUCCUCUCCGGAAGUCUUUGCGCUAUGUUUGCAAUGGGCGCGCAGAUAAUCCUGGGUGUGUGGCUACCGGAAUGGUUUCAAGCAGUCAAGGGAGUGUCGCCCACGACUUCUGGUGUCAAUCUUUUGCCCACCAUGCUCGGCCAAGUUGUCUCUAGCAUCAUUUCUGGAACGCUGAUUACAAAACUCGGCUACUACAAUCCGUGGCUCCUCGUCGGAACAGCUCUCAUGUCGAUAAGCUCCGGUCUUUUCACAACUUUUGACGCCGGCACCUCAAAUUCCAAGUGGAUUGGUUAUCAAGUAAUCUACGGGCUCGGCACCGGAAUGUUCAUGACAACACCACUAGUUGCAGUACAGGCCGUUCUCGACGCCGCGAAGACCCCGAUCGGUAUAUCAACUGUCACAUUCUUCCAAAUGUUUGGGGGUGCCCUGUUCGCCGGUAUUUCGCAGACAAUAUUUAACGAACGAUUGGUUAAGGAGCUUGUGAAGGAUGUUCCAGGCGUCGAUGUUGGGAAAUUGUUAGCCGCGGGCACUACCGCUAUUAGAUCUGCGGUUACUCCUGAGCAGUUGCCUGGUGUGAUUCAAUCUUACAACUCCGCCAUCUUGAGCCCUUUCUAUCUGGGAGCUGCAAUUACAGCUACUGCAUGGUGCUUUGCUUGGGGGCCAGAGUGGGUGAGUGUGAAGGGGAAGAACUUGAUGGUCGCCGAGGGUGCAUAG